UAUAUAAUAUUAUUGGAGAUUUUAUAUAAAAAGAAGAAAACAUUUUAAAAACACCAAUAAAUUCGUCUUUGUUAAAAUGCACUGGAAAAUGGGAAAAUUAUUAGAUAAUGUGAUAUCUGAUGAUAUCGAUAUAAGCGAUGAAGAUAUAAGCAGUGAUGAGGUUUCGAUUGAAUCCUCUUCAUUAUCAUCAGAUAGUGAUAACGAUAGGGUUUCUGAUGUCGAAGAAUCGAAAGCUGGAACAUCUGCUUUAGCUGAUGGGUUAUCUUCUCAUCGAGGCAACACUAAUGAAAUGGGUAACUUGGAUAACUCGGAUGAAGAGAAUGAAGUUGUCAAGGCUAUAUUAGAUGCAAAGCAAUUGUGCAGAAAUCAUCCACCGUCAAUUAUAUUAGAAGAUAUGAUAACAGACAUAUGUUUCCAUCCUGCGGCAGAUUAUAUAGGUGUAGCUAGUAUUACGGGAGAUAUAUUUAUGUAUAAGUAUAAUAAUGAAGAGACUAAUCUUGUAUCAACCAUAGAGCUGCAUCUUAAAGCUUGCCGGGACAUUGAGUUCAGUGAGGAUGGACGAUCAUUAUUCUCAGCUGGAAAAGAUUUAUGUAUAGGAAUAACUGAUGUAGAAACUGAAAUGUUAACUAGAAUAUAUGAGAAAGCUCAUGAGCAACCUAUAUAUAAAAUGACUAUAAUCAAUCAGCACGUGUUUGCAACAGGCGACGACGAUGGUGUAAUAAAAUUGUGGGAUCUUAGACGAAAGGAAAAUGAACCGAUAUUUUCCAUAAAGGAGGUGGAAGAUUAUAUUAGUGCGAUGAUAACCAACAGAGAUGCCAAGUAUUUGGUUUGUGCUAGCGGAGACGGCUGUCUAACGACUCUAAAUAUACCAGAAAGAAAAAUGCACAUACAGUCUGAGGAGUAUGAUGAGGAACUGACCUGUCUUGGUUUAUUUAAAUCUGAAAGUAAAUUAUUAGCAGCUAGUAGUAAAGGAAAAAUGUAUGUAUACAAUUGGGGUGAAUUUGGACUACAUUCGGAUGAAUUUCCAAACGCUACAAAGAUACCCAUAAAUUGUAUGAUCCCUGUUACGGAAAAUGUUGUUAUAACUGGAGGAGAGAACGGGAUAGUUAGGGCGACUAGUUUGUUUCCUCAUCGUCAACUCGGCAUAGUAGGACAACAUGACUUUUCUGUCGAGACACUUGAUAUAAAUAAAGAUGGAACUUUAAUAGCGUCCUCGUCCCACAAUAAUGAUAUAAAAUUCUGGAAUGUACAAUAUUUCGAAACAUUAAAUGUUACUGAGCCUGUAAAAGGUGGAAAGCAAAAGAGGAUGAAACACAAUCUGCCAAGCAGUCAAAUCAAUAAUCGAUCUGAUUUCUUUGCCGAAUUAUAAUUUUAACAGUUUAAUGUAACAAAGUAACAAAAUUUGUACUAUCAAGAAAUAAAAACGAAUAAUAUUAUGAAA